CCUGGGCAUUGGCCUUCAGUAUGUUCUUUCAUUUAUUGCUGACCAUUAACAUGAAACGUGCAACAAAAUAUAGCCUUGUAGAUGGUAGAGAUCACAAGAUCAAGUGAUCAACAAGACUGACAGGAUUAGAUACUAUAAGUUUAUUCCAAUUAAAAGCAACGAAGUGUUGAAUGAAGAUAACCUGUGGCGAACCAUAUAUUUCCCAUUAUGAGCAAUAAUUGUAAUCAUCCAGGUGGUAAAUUUCAACAAGUUAAACACAUAGCAAUGGAAAAAUAACUAUGCAUAGCUUAGCUACGUGAUCCUCAUACAGUCAAAAUCUCGAAUCUUUUCACAAAUAUGUAUAAAUCCCACACUGCCCUAUAACCAUUUUUUAUCGGUGUAACAAGACCAACUCUGAUUGAAUUAAUUAACAUUUCUAGAAACCAAACAAACAAAACGAAUCAAGCAGAUCUAACAUGGGUCGCGUGGAGCAAAGACUUCUCUAGAAUUUUCUAGACACUUCAAGUAGAGAUGGCUGGAUUUUUUUGGACUAUGUCAUACCUUCCUAACAAUAUGUAUAUUACAUCGAUUUGAUUUGAGACGGAUCUUAUCCCUAUCUUUUUAAAUAUCAUAUCCAAACAAAACUUUACAUUAAUUAAAGGUUAAGCAGAACAUUUAAUUUUUUCUAAAUAUGCCUGAAUUUUUAAAAACAACCUAUAAUAUGAUAUCUGAAACGUGUAUAAUUUUAGAUGUUUUUUGAAAUUUUUAAUUUUCAUUUAACUUAUUAUAUUUUUAAUGUUUUUGUAGAUUUACUUUAUAAACUGAUUUAUUUAUGGAAGCUAAUAUGGAUCGCGGGAAAUCCGCUAUUGGAUAUUAUUCUUAACCCGACCCGGUGAAAAUACCCGUUUAAAAGUUACGCGCACAUCCGUUAAAUAGUCCAACGUACCUCCCCAUAUUGAUACAGUCAGUUAAUGCUAACGUUGCCGUCCCAGUCACAGUUAAGCAAAACUACUCUGAUAUUUAAUACAAAAGAAAAAUCGACCGUUUAUAAACGGCGUUUGCUCACCAUAACUGCACCACCAUGACCACCGUCUACUCCGCUUCAGCCACCGUAACGGAAGGCACGAAAGUUUCCCCCCGGAGGUCGAAUAAUAACGGAAGAAAUGGAAAGUUGCGGGUGAUUUGUAGAUACGGCGGUAACAUAGUAUCGCAGCGCUACGUGGGCGGAGAUACUCGUAUCGUGGCCCUUCCCCCCGCGGCGGAGACGAGCUUCGCUUCGCUAGUUAGCCACCUUGCGGCUACGCUCGGAGUCUCUUACGACUUCAAGGUGAAGUACCAGCUCCCUGAUCAGGAGCUGGACUCGCUCAUCUCCAUCGCGACGGAUGAGGACGUUCAGAUCAUGAUGGAGGAGCACGGAUAUCUCACGUGCGAGCCGUCAUCGGCUCCGAAAACGCGCAUCAGAUUGUUUCUAUUCCCUUCGAAAACGAGUGAAGGCGGUGGUGCGAGUCAGGGAGGUCUGGCUCGGUGUAAAGCGGUGGCGGAUACUGAUUGGCUCGGAAGAGAAGAGUCCAAGCCUGUGCUGACUCAUCCAAAGACUGAAACGUGGUUCGUAGACGCGUUAAAGAGCGCGGAGAUGAUGCUGACUGGGCGAGAUCUUAGUGGAGAUGUUAACGGACAGGAGUCUAUGACGCAGGAGACCAGUUCGAACUUAGGCUCCACGUCAUCCUCGGCUUCUUCGAGCAAUUUACCUCCGGUGAAAAGGUCCGGCGAGGGCAUUUCUCAGGUCAAAUAUUCUCCGGUAGAAUCAGUGACAAGAGACGAAGAAGCAAGUCCUCUAAUUGCGUUUAGUUCAAGUGCCAUCACCCAAAUCUCUUCUCACGAGCUACCAACACGUCCUCAUGUUUUGGAAAACAAAUUAUCUUCUAACAUGUACGAGGCUGAGCUAAACAAACCAGUUCCAGUUCAAGUCCCAGUUUCGGGGUAUCCACCAUAUCUUAACCAAUCUCAACAACAGCAUACCCAUGUCGUUUACACUGGACAGCCUUACAUUACUGGAACCUCACCUAUUACAUUGCCUGCCACAACAUAUCCUCACACAAACCACCUACAGUAUCAACUCCCGCCACAGCCAUACCCAAUCUACUACAGUCCAGUUGAUCAGUACAGUUCAAGGCACGUUCAAGCACCACCUGUGAAACACAACAAUGUUUUAAACACCCACCAAGUUGAUUUCCCAAUGGUUCGCACCAGCAGCCCUCUAGCUACAGAGUUGUCCUCACAUAUAUACCCUCCUCCACCCAAACCUGUUUUAAACACCCACCAAGUUGAUUUCCCAAUGGUCCGCACCAGCAGCCCUCUAGCUCCAGAGUUGUACCCUCCACCCAAACCAGUUGAUUCCUCGGUACAAACAUCAAGUGAAGCUGUCCUUAGAGAUGAUCACAUCUAUAACAUUGAUCACCUCGAUGACGAUACAGUUUGUGCUCAGAUUUACAAAACUCAGCCACCAGCUCCCAUAAUACCGUCUCAGUUACAAACCAUGAUGCUGACUGAAGCUCUCGGUAAGCUACGCAUCCAUAAUGGUUGAGAGAGUAGUAAAAAAACAAUUAUCAUGUUGAUGUAGUUUCAAGCAUUUGGUUUUACAGUUUUGUUUUGGUUCCCUCACACGCAUGGUUCUGCCUUUUUUUUUUUCUCUCAGUCAACGUGAUCCUUGUUUCACGCACUUUGUUGUUGUAAUACUAUAUCACAUGAUGAUCAGAUGUCUUUUUAUCUUUCCAGAUACAUUCUGUAAAGAAAUUUGUUAUAUCGUUUAUUUCUUUUUGUUUGCCCGGGUAAGAAUUUGUUGAUAUCCAUAAGUUGAUUCUACUGUAUUUGGAUGAUUUUAUAGUUAAUCUUGUUUUAUAGAGUUAUUCUUGGAUCCACCCCUAGUAUGAACCUCUAGAUUCACCAACCAAUAGGACUUCAUUAUUUCAAAUUCGAUAUUUUUUAAAAAAGGAAACAAAAUAUUGUCAAGAUAUAUUAUGUUUUUAAAAUAAAAAGGUUAAAAAAUUAGAAAAAAAUAGUAGUUACAGAAAAACAAAUUAAAAAAAAAAAAUAUUUUUAUCGUCGUCAUCAAAACACUAAACCCUAAAUCCUAAUCCCUAAACCCUAAAUCAUAAACCCUAUAAACCCUUGGACAAACUCCAAACCCUUGGAUAAUUCCUACUCUAAAUCAAAAACACUAAAUCUUAAAACCCUAAACCCUAAACCGUAAACCCUUGAGUGUUUAGUGUUUUUGAUUUGAAGUUUAAGAUUUAUCCAAGAGUUUAAGAUUUUCCCAAAGGUUUAGGAUUUAGGAUUUAGGGUUUAGGGUUUAGAGAUUAAGGAUUAGGGAUUAGGAUUUAGGGUUUAGUAUUUUGCUAAGAAUGUUAAAAAUAUAUAUUUUUAAUUACUACUUUUUUAAUUUAUUUAUUUUAACCUUUUUAUUUUAAAAAUAUAAUAUAACUUAUAGCUUGAGAAAAUAUUUUGUUUCUUUUUUUAAAAGAUUUCGAAUAUAAAAUAAAAUAAUCCUAUUGGUUGGUGAACCUAGAGGUUCACCCUAGGGAGUGAACCCAAGAAUAAGUCUGUUUUAUAUGUAUUAGAAAAUCUCAAAGAUUACGAGAUCGAGUAAAAUAUAUUUCCAUCUAACUAUUAUGAAAGUAGCAUUAAUGUUUUGAUUAGGUUUCUUAUUCUAUCAUGUAAGAACAUGUUAUAAAGUUAUGUAAUUUGUAUAAAUAAGCAUGUAAGGGUAAGGCUAAAGAACAAAAUGAAAAAAAAAAAAUUUACAGUACUUAGUUUUUAUCCAAACAUAUGAUAGUAUUAGAGUCACCCGAUGUUGAGAACAUUGUGGAUGUUGUUCCUACGAUUGUUUUUUUUUUUUUUUGGUAUACUUUCCUACGAUUAUUCAUACUUGAGUGUGAAGGAUAGAGUUAAUGAAUGAUUGAAGUUCACAUCGAUAGUUGAAAAAUUAAUGGAGUAAUAUAUAAAGAGUUAGGAUAAAUACACUUAUAAGUUAUAACCACUUGAUAUAAAUUGGAAGUUCAUCUAGCCUUACAAUAUGUGAAUAUGUUAACUUCAUAAAGCAGUUCAAAAUAUAGUGGUUUGGUUGUGAACAUGUUUCUCAAGUUAAGAGUUACAUAGGAAUUAACAAAAUGGUGGGUCAUAUUGUUGAAUGCGGCUCUGAUGUAAUGACCAAGAUCAAUCACAUGUUCCUGAAUCGUAUCCUACUGAGAUUUUGAUGUAUAUAGUUUUGUGUCGGUUUAGCUUGGAGCUUUUUAAAACAUGUAAAAAGUUUUUGAAUUGAAUAAAUUUAACAUUUAAAACAAAAUAACUGGUAGCUGCUAAAAGGCAUAACAAAGCAUUUUCCUGUAUUUUGUUUCCUUACAAACAUAUAAAAUGUUUAUGAGAUCUUAUCGUUCUGUGUUUUCUAGCUGCGAUGAUAAGAUUUGCAGUCCAGACUAGUAUAUACUCUCUAGGAUUUAAUUACUUUAAAUCGAGAUUGUGAACAAGAACAAGUGGAGAAAAGGUCCAAAUUACAAUAAAUAAAGAAAUUU